UCCGCAGCGCCCCGACUAUAAAAGCACCUGCCCGGGCCAGACAUCACUCGCAUCUCACUUUCUGUCCUUCCCGCGCACUCUCCAUCACACACUCCUGAGCUCCACACACACAUACACACACAAACAAACACACAAGCACACACAGCUGCGCUUUCUCUCUUUCUGUCUCUCUCCCUCUGUCUUCUCUCUUCCCCCUGAAGUAAAGGAAACAUGAGUUACUCCAGCGACGUUUACAGCAGCAGCUCCUAUCGCAGGAUCUUCGGCGAAGCGCCCCGGUCAGGUCGCGUGGGUCUGGGUAGCGGCGGCGGCGGCAGCCCGUCCCGCCUGCACUCCGCGGGAUACCGCAGCAGCCACCGCGCUUAUGGCUCCCCUUCCGCGGUCUCCUCCGCCGCCUACCGCAGGACGGCGGCGCCCGGCCGCGUCUUCUCCUCCAUCCCGGACUCCGCCAUGGACCUGACCCAGUCCACCGCCGUCACCAACGAGCUCAAGAUCAUCCGCACCAACGAGAAGGAGCAGCUGCAGGGCCUCAACGACCGCUUCGUGUCCUUCAUCGAGAAGGUGCACAACCUGGAGCAGCACAACAAAGUCCUGGAGGCCGAGGUGACGCUGCUGCGCCAGCGCCACAGCGAGCCGUCGCGCCUGCACGAGCUCUACGAGCAGGAGAUCCGCGAGCUGCGGGCGCGCGUGGAGGAGCUGACGCACGAGAAGAGCCAGAUGCACCUGGACUGCGUCCAGAUGAACGAGACGCUGGAGCGCGUGCGGGAGAAGCUGGAGGAGGAGAGCAGGCUGCGCGAGGAGGCAGAGGGCGCCCUGAAGGGCUACCAGAAGGACGUGGACGACGCCACGCUGGCCCGCCUGGAGCUGGAGAAGAAAGUGGAGUCGCUGCUGGACGAGAUCGCCUUCCUCAGGAAAGUUCAUGAAGAGGAGCUGCAGGAGCUGCAGGCGUCCCUGCAGGCAACGCAGGUGUCAGUGGAGAUGGACAUGAGUAAACCGGACCUGGCUGCAGCCCUGAAGGACAUCCGGGCUCAGUACGAGAACCUGUCGGCCCGGAACCAGGUCCAGGCCGAGGAGUGGUACCGCUCCAAGUUUGCCACUGUGACAGAGGCCGCCGCGCGCAACCACGACGCCAUCAAGCACUCCAAGGAGGAGCUCAGCGAGUACCGUAGGCAGGUGCAAGCCCGCACCCUGGAGAUCGAGGCCCUCCGGGGCCACAACGAAGCCCUGGAGAGGCAGAUUGCCGAGAUGGAAGACCGUCACAACAAUGAAGUUGGAGAGAUGCAAGACACUAUCCAGCAGCUGGAGGCUGCCCUGCGGAGCACCAAGGGAGAGAUGUCUCGUCACCUGCGCGAAUACCAGGACCUGCUGAAUGUCAAGAUGGCGCUGGACAUUGAGAUCGCCGCUUACAGGAAGCUUCUGGAAGGCGAGGAGUGCCGCCUCAGCUCGGUGGGCAGCGCUAUGGUCCAGUCUGGCUAUCCCGGUCUGUCCUACACAUCGGCCCGCGCCUACGCCCUCGGAGCUUACAGGAAGCCCAAGCCGGAAGAGGAGGCAGGAGAAGACGAGGAGAAGGAGGAAGAAGAGGAAGCAGGAGAGGAGGAGGAGGGCGAGGAGGGAGAGGAGCAGGAGGAAGGUGAGGGAGAAGCAGAGGAAGAGGAGGAGGAAGAAGGAGAGGGAGAAGAAGAAGAGGAGGAGGAAGAGGAGAAGCCAAAGGGAAAGGAGAAGGAGAGCUCCACCGGGAAGAGCAGCAAGAGCUAAACAGCUUGUGUCGUCAUCAGCAUCAAUAACUCAUCUCUCAUCCCACCGAUCACCUCUGGGUCUGCUUCCUGUUCACGUCGCCCUCCGUUUUUUCCCCACCCAUUCACUCACAUCCACCCGCUCCAGAUGCCUUCCACCUCCACACCGGGUCAGACGGGAUCACUUUAGAUGGAGAAGUAUAGCAUUAGUGAGCUGUAAAACAGUUCAAGUAUUUAUUCAGUCCACUGUCCACCGUUUUCACGUCUCUGAAGUGCAGAGGGCUAGCAUGUUUACCACAAAAAGGUAAAAGAUGAGAAGCAGGUGUGAAUGUUUCCUCCUGUGUUUUGUGCCACAGAUGAUCCAUAUUCACAUUAGCAAACAGCGAGGCCACCUCAGAGGCAACACCGCAGUCAGCACACAGACUUUGAAAGACAAACGCACAGAUCCUGGAGCAUGUGAAGCAGCCAGUCCAACUAUUAUGGUGCUAUUUGAUUUUUACAUAUACAAGUUGGGGAAGGAUUUUAUCAUAGAGCACCCCCCACACCCCCCACCAGCUCGGUCCUGAAUGUGAAUGUCAGCUUUAAGGCAGGAAUACUAGCAGAUAAACAAAGAAUGCUUCCAUGUGGGUUAGGUUUUAUUUUCCCCCCCAAACCCACAUUUCAGGCGCUCCGACUCAUUUCAGUCCACUCAGCUCUACUUUCGUCCCGCUUUUAUUUAUUGCAGCCUUGCAACCCUGAGCCUGGAAAAAGAUGUGUGUGUGUGUGUGUGUGUGUGUGUGUGUGUGUGUGUGUGUGUGUGUGUGUGUGUGUGUGUGUGUGUGUGUGUGUGUGUGUGUGUGUGUGUGUGUGUGUGUGUGUGUGUGAGGCCGUGCAGUGUGUAAGAGAGGAGGAGCGCUGCCGCUGUGUGCAUCCAUGUGGAUGAAAAUGUGGAGCUUUAACUGCUGCUAUGUGUAUUUCUUUUGGGAGGCGGGGCGACUAUAACUGAUCCCUACCUUUGAUUGAUUCAUUUGUCAAGAAGAAUCUGCUACACAUCACUGAAAAAGAAAAGCAUUCUCUUUUUAAUCUCACGUUAACACAGUAGCCCCUUUGUUUAGUUACGCUGGAUAUAUAAAGAGUGGGUUAGAUGAUGGGUUUUGUGGUGUAGAGUCAUUAAUAAGGGCUAUAUUCACCAUAACUUUCUCUCACAAUGCCCUGGAACUUUUUCAUCGCUGCUGUUCUUUGUUUGUCUUCCCAGGUUUUGUUUUGGCAAAUGAAUCAAGCAACUGGUUUGAAUGCAUGGCCUGACACAUGGAGCUUGAUUAUUAGCUGGAUGAGAAAGACUUCUUGCUUGUUGUGUGUUCAGUUAAAGAAAUCAAAUUAAAUUUAAAAGAAAGAAGAAGAAAAAAAUCAACCUUGCCUUAACCAUAAAAGAAAGUAAAAUAAAACUCGUUUCCACCUGAACCUCACUUGUUCCCGGUACGACAGAGGAGUUGCUGACACUUUUCAGAUUCUGCUAAACAACUGUGAUUGUACAUGCUGCUGUUUCCUCUCAAAGCCAAAUAAAGACAUUUAAUAAACAAAA